GCGGGGCUGUCAACAGAAGCGCUGGUGAGGCUCGCCUGGCAGUGUUUGGCAGUAACUGCUUUCAGUAAUGACUUUGUGAAUGCAUCAAACGCUGGUAUUAACUGUCCGUGCUGGGCACUGGGCAGGCAUUCUGUCAGUGCCUUGGGACUGAGGCGCGUCACCUUCCCUGGAAGAGCCAAGAUAGUAUCCGAUAGAUGCUGCAAAGGCGCAUGGAACUGCAGAAAUGGAGGGGACUCUGGCCUUCCGCCAGCCCUUCCCUCCAGCACAUUUGUAAAAGAUGAAAGUGACCUUAUCAGCUUUGGAUACUUGUGAGAGUUCCUUCACACCUUUGGUGGUCCUAGAACUUGCGCAGGAUGUCAAAGAAGAAACCAAAGAAUGGCUGAAAAACAGAAUUAUCUCUAAAAAGGAAGAUGGAGGUGCCCAGCUGCUGUUUAGACCAUUGUUAAAUAAAUAUGAGAAAGAAACACUAGAAAAUCAGAACUUAUAUCUUGUCGGUGCCUCCAAGAUUACAUUGUUACUGGGUGCGGAAGCAAUGGGUCUGGUAAAAGAGUGUAAUGAUAACACUAUGAGAGCCUUCACGUAUGGAACCCGAUAUAACUUCAAAGAUUUCAAUGAUGACAAUGAUGACUUCCUCACAAUGGCAGAAUGUCAAUUCAUUAUCAAACAUGAACUCGAAAAUCUUAGAGCCAGAGAUGAAAAGAUGAUCCCUGGUUACCCCCAGGCAAAGCUGUAUCCGGGAAAGUCGUUAUUGAGAAGAUUGCUCACCUCUGGCAUCGUGAUUCAGGUGUUCCCGCUGCAUGAUAAUGAAGCCUUGAAGAAACUGGAGGACACCUGGUACACUCGCUUUACUCUCAAGUAUCAGCCCAUAGACCAUAUUCGUGGCUACUUCGGGGAAACAAUUGCUCUUUACUUUGGAUUUUUGGAAUAUUUCACUGUUGCCUUAAUCCCCAUGGCGGUCAUUGGGUUACCUUACUACUUAUUUGUGUGGGAAGACUAUGACAAGUACGUGAUCUUCGCCUCCUUCAACCUCAUCUGGUCCACAGUGAUCCUGGAAGUGUGGAAGCGUGGCUGUGCCAAUAUGACCUACAGGUGGGGGACACUUGUCAUGAAGAGACAGUUUGAGGAGCCCCGGCCAGGAUUCCAUGGGGUCCUGGGUAUCAAUCCCGUCACCGGCAGGAAGGAACCUCUGUACCCCAGCUACAAGAGGCAGUUGCGCAUUUACCUGGUCUCUCUGCCGUUUGUGUGCCUCUGCCUCUAUUUCUCCCUGUGUGUCAUGAUGAUUUACUUUGACAUGGAGGCCUGGGCCUUGAGUCUGCACGACAAUAGUGGAUCCGAGUGGACCAGUGUCCUGUUGUAUGUGCCCAGCAUCAUCUAUGCCGUUGUGAUUGAGAUCAUGAACCGCCUCUAUCGAUACGCUGCUGAAUUUCUAACUUCGUGGGAGAAUCACAGAUUGGAAUCUGCCUACCAGAAUCAUCUAAUUCUGAAAGUUUUAGUGUUCAACUUUCUGAAUUGCUUUGCCUCCCUCUUCUACAUCGCCUUUGUCUUGAGGGAUAUGAAGCUGUUGCGUCAGAGUCUGGCCACUCUCCUGAUUACCUCCCAGAUCCUUAACCAGAUCAUGGAGUCUCUUCUUCCUUACUGGCUCCAAAGGAAGCACCGCGUGCAGGUGAAGAGGAAGGUGCAGGCUUUAAAAGCGGACAUCGAUGCUACAUUGUACGAACAGGUUGUCCUGGAGAAAGAAAUGGGAACCUAUUUGGGCACCUUUGAUGAUUACUUGGAGUUAUUUCUUCAGUUCGGUUAUGUGAGCCUUUUCUCCUGCGUCUACCCAUUAGCAGCUGCCUUUGCUGUGUUAAAUAACUUCACUGAAGUUAAUUCGGAUGCCUUAAAAAUGUGCAGGGUCUUGAAACGUCCAUUCUCAGAACCUUCAGCCAAUAUUGGUGUCUGGCAGUUGGCUUUUGAAACAAUGAGUGUUAUAUCUGUGGUCACUAACUGUGCUCUAAUUGGAAUGUCACCACAAGUGAAUGCCCUCUUUCCAGAGUCAAAAUUGGACCUCGUUUUGAUCGUGGUAGCCGUGGAGGCCUUGGUCCACGUGGAGCCACGUGCAGACGUGCCUGUACAUCUUUCACUGGGGCAGCCUCUGACACCCGUGUGCUCUGUCACUGUGGCUCCUGCACAGGGACUUUACAUUCGUCCACGGCAUUUCCCGUUACAGGAAAGUCUUCUUGAUGAAGGGUGGUUCCUUGAUCCACCCUUUCAGCCCUUCUCGGGGACUGCGUGUCACGCUGGGCUGCACACUGGGGAGACAGCGGAGACCGACACAAUGGUGGGAGUUAGGAAACUGACGUGCACAACGGAUCAGAAUCCUUUAGGAUCACUGCCCAUCCAGCUCAGUGCCACGGCCGUUUUCAGCUGUGAUACUGCACAAUGCAUAUGAGAAGGAACUGCUAAAAAUCCUAAGACCUUCUGACUGAAGCAGGGGAGUAAUUAAUUUUGCUCUGAAAGGACAACAGCAGUGGGUUGCGCUAUUUAUAAUGAAAACUUACAAUAUGACCCAAAAUGCUUGCCUUACAACUCAAAAGAAUGCAUAUGCUCGAACGGUAAGAAGCCCAUUACCGUGAUGAAAGCUGAACACAAACAUACAAAGUGUCAGUGUCUUCCCAUUGAUGGGAGAACUCUGAAUUCCUCCGUAUCUUAUUCUAAUUCUCUGAACAGCCUGGUUUAUGCAUAUCUCAAUCUGAUACAGUGGUUAUUGCAGAGAAAGUUGAGAGUUCAGGAUUCACUGCAUCAUUCUGUUGUGCAGUCCUCUUAAUCAGUUUUUGCAGGUAUAAUUUGCAUACGGUAAAACACACUCAUCUUGAAUGUUGCGUUUGAUGGGUCUUGACAGUUGUAUCCCCCUAUGUAACUACCGCUACAAAACGACUUAGGGUAUUUCCGCGUCUCCAGAAAGUUCCUCCUUCCUCUGUGCAGUGAGCCUCUUCUACUCCCCGUCAUAGACCAUCGCUGACGUGCUUUCUGUCACUAUGAAUUACAGUUGCCUGUUCUGGAAAUUUGUAUGAAUGGAACAACUCUGUGAAUACUGCUGGCAUCUGGCUUUUUUAUUUAGCAUAACGCUUUUGAGAUUCAUCCACAUCAUUGUAUGCAGUGGGUUUCUUUUUAUAUUGCUGAGUAGUAUUCCCCUAUCUGAAUAUACUACAAUUCUCUUACCCACUCAUCUGCUGAUGAACGUUUUGGUUGUUCCCGUAUUUUUACUAUUAUGCACGAAGCUGCAGUGAACAUUCUCACAUGCUUUUUUCAUGUACCUCUGUCUUUGUUUCCCUUGGGUAAAUACCUCAGGGUACAUUUGCUGAGUUGUAGGGUAAGUUUUUGUUUAACUGUGUAAGAAACUGUCAAACUUUCUGAAGUGUUUCUAACCUUUUACUCUUCGACCAGCAUGAGUUGUGAAUUGCAGGAAGUCCACGUCCUUGCCUGUGUUUGAAAUUGUCGAUAUUUUAGUUUUGUUUUGUUUUAGCCAUUGUGACGGUUGUAUAGCGAUGUCUCCUUGUGGUUUUAAUUUGCAUUUCCUUGGUGACUAAUUAUGUUAGAGCAUCUUUUCAUAUGCUUGUUAGCAUUUUAUAUAUCUCCUUUUGUGAAUGGUCUGUUCAGUUAUUAUGCCCAUUUCUUUUAAUGCGUUGUCCUCAUUACUGACUUGUAAGGGUUCUUACAACUUGUAAUAUACAAGUUGUAUUCUGUCCAUAAGUCUGUUGUCAAACAUAGGCAGGAAUUUACUCCCAGUCAGUGACUUGCCAUUUUAUUUACAUGUUUUUUUCUGAAAAAUCUUCCAUUAUGCCAUGGUCCUGAAGAUUUUCUUCUGUAUGAAUUUUCUGGUUUUAGCUUUUAUGUUUAGCCAGAUCUAUGAUGCAUUUCAAGUUAAUUUUUGUAUAUAGUAUGAGAUAGAGAUUGAGGUUCAAUUUUUUUUUUCCUAAAUGGCGUCCAGGUGCUACUCUAACCGUUUGUUGAAGAAACCCUUUUCCAUGUAUUGAUUACUUUGGCAUUUUUGUCUAAAUUCAAAUAAUCGCAUAUGUAUGGCUCAAUUUCAGGACUAUUUUGUUCCAUUUGUCUGUAUAUCUAAUCUUCAUGUUUUAAAGUUUUAAGUGGUUUUAAGUCUUCAUAU